AUGGAGACCGAAAAGCAGGUGGUCAAGCCGGGUUCCGCUGCAACGAUCGAGUACACAGAUCAAGAAAAAGGGGUCACUAAGGGCACUGGCAGCGAAGGCACCAGCAGACAACUGAGCACAUCCGCCAGCAAUGCUGCCGAUACUAUCUUCGCCAUGGGCCCCUUGCUCGGUCCUGUAGUUGGUCCUGUUGGUGGUGGAUUCCUGGUAGAGGCCAAGCGCUGGAGGUGGUGGGCAGUCUUCAUCGUCCUCUCUAGAGGUCUUUUAGGCCCUCUCCACAAACAAAUGGGCAGCCCAGCAAUUUGGACUCGAGGCAGGUUGAUAGCACAAUACAAUCUGGAGAUCACUUAA